UCAUCAGCACACAAAAGACUGAACCAGUCUGCUGCGGAUCACAAGGCAAAGCAAGUUACAAUCAAAAUCCAAUAAACCGAACAAUGGAUCUCAGCCAGUUUUCCAGUCAGCCUCCAGAAGCCUACAAUUCAUCUAAGAAAUCAGGGAUGCCAGCAGCGCCACCACCAGCAUACCAGCACAAUCCUGCUGGAUAUCCUCCCACCUUUCUGAAUCAGCCGGUCCCCCAGGGCCCGUACACCCAGGGGCCAUAUCCAGGACAGUCUGUGGUCACUGUACAGCCUGUUGUUUUUGUGACCGCCGCUCCACUGGCCAAUCCAGUGCCAGAUUACCUGGCCUAUUCCAUCUUCACCAUGCUGUGCUGCUGCUUUCCUCUGGGCGUUGCUGCACUGAUUUACUCCAUCUCUACUCGUGAUGCCAACUUCUCAGGACAGAGAGAAUUAGCAGAGAAGAACUCCAAAAUGGCACGUAACCUGAAUCACACCGGCCUUGGUAUUGGCCUCGCUGGCGUUGUAUUGUUGAUUAUCAUCCAGAUUGUGAUUUGGGCUUCUAUAUAAAAGCUGUUAGAGCUGAGAUGGUUGGAUGCAGAUUACAAACACAUUUGUUUUUCUGUAUUUUAAAUGUUACUUGCUCAAUUUAUCAUUACUUUAUGCAUUAAGGCUGAUUGUUAUAUGUUUAAACCAAUGAAAGCUACCACACAGCUUUCAGUUGUCUUUCCUUCGGUAAUGCAUUGUUCAAACGUUUUGCUUAUGUUACAUAUCUUGUGUGACGCUAUGCUAAUUAUAUAUAUCGCAUACAACUUAGCAUACAUGUGUAUUUAGGUAAUAUGUACACAAUAUGAUUUGAGUUAUUACAUACAGUACCUGCCACAUUUUAAGAAAUUAAUGUCAUCAGCAAAAAUACUACAAAGCAGGGCAGGUUCCUGGCAUGGGCCGAGCCCACCUAAAUGACUGUCUUGCCAACCCAGUCAGAAGUAGAUAAAGAUUACAUUAUUCUUUUUUGUGUGUGUGUGUGUGUGUGUGUGUGUGUGUGCAUAGAUUAAAAUUAAUCUAAAGCCAACUGUAUUUUUAUAAAUUUAAGCUAUAGCUUGGGACUGCCCAAACAAUCAUAAAAUAACUCCAGAAAAUUACAGCAUAUUUAUUUUAUUAGCUGAAUAUAAGGUGGGCUGAAUACAUGCAGGGGCUUUAGUCUGUUGCAAAAAAGCGGAGGCUGACAAUGAGUGAAAACGGGCAGGAAUAUUUGUGUGCUAUCACGGGGAGUUUGCAAGUUAUGAGGAGUUUAAUACACAAAUAUGUAUCAUAGCCUACCACUGAAAUUACCUGAGCAGUUUUAAAUUCUAAAAGAAAACAAAAUAUCAUUCAAUAACGUGCAUUCACUACAUGGAAAGGGCACAAGCAUAUACUGUACACUGAACAAAAUUAUAAACGCAACACUUUUGUUUUUGCCCCCAAUUUUUCAUGACUUAGGCUCAAAGAUCUAAGACUUUUUCUAUAUACAAAAAAGGCCUAUUUCGAAAAUUGUUCAUGAAUCGGUCCAAUCUGUGUUAGUGAGCACUUCUCCUUUGCCGAGAUAAUCCAUCCACCUCACAGGUGUGGCAUAUCAAGAUAAUGAUUAGACAUAUGAUUAUUGCACAUAUGUGCCUUAGGCUGGCCACAAUAAAUAAAAGGCCACUCUAAAAUGUGUAGAUUUAUCACACAGCACAAUGUCAAACACAGGGCACUCCCGGGAGCAAAUUAAUGAAUUAAUGACUCACAACUGGGAACGAAUACACAUGAUGAAUUCAGGCAAAGGAAGGACCAAAUAAGGAAAACAGGAACAUACAUGUGCAACUAUAGAUUUUAAUAUUAGGUAUAUUACUUUUUUAUUUUAAAUCUAAAUAUAGUAUAACAGUUGCAAAGGCAAUAUUUCUCAUUUUAAUUUAGUUAACAUUGUAUAUUAAAAUAAAUACUUAAAGUGAAAUAAAAAUGAAUAAAGACAUAAAAAAACAAAACCUACUAAAAAUUCAAAUGAAAAUAGAAAUUAUAUAAUUGUCACUUAGUGAUACUAAAAUAACACAGCUUGGAAGUCAAAACCAGUUGGUUUUAAUUAAGCGCCAAUGAGAAGUAACAAAUGCCGAAGUGUGUAGGAGAGAGAAACACAAAUUAGUCACAAAUUAGAAGUACAAAAAGAUUUUUUUUUUUUUUUAAAUAUAAAUAUUUAUAAUUGUUUUAUAUAAAGUCAUCUGAAAGACAGAAGUCAUAUACCUAGGAUGCCUUGAGUGUAUAUAAUGGGCUAAUUUUCAUUUUCUGACUGAACUAACCCUUUAAAUAUAGAGGUAAGAUUGAAGAAGCUAAAAAUUUAAUAAAAACUGUUUUAUGAGAGAAACGAUCUACAGUAAUAUAAAGUGAGGCAAACCAUGACUUUUUUCUCGAAUGUUGCCAUUUUUAAUAGAAAAUAUGGUAUCAUUUACGUGAUUCAUGUAAUUUUCUAUAUUUUUUGGAAUACAAAUAUGAGGGCCAGAAAUACAUUAAAUGCUUCUCAACAAGAAUAAGACCUAGAAUCUCUUAAUUCAAUUCAUUUCUUUAAAAAAAUAUAUUUAAAAAAAAUACUUAAUUUAUUAAAAGAAUGCCAGUGUCCUGAAAAUAGUUCCCUUCUCGGGAUGACCUACAUAGCUAAAACUGUCAGAGACAACAUGUCACAUUGUGUAAGGCAGAGAAAAACCUGUCGAAAUGGACUACCAUGACAAAUAUGUGAAAAAUUUGGGUAACACCUCUAGAGGGAGGAAAUAAAUGAGAGGCAGGACUAGCCCAUAACUGUAAUGCCCAUGCACUACAGAUCACCCUGCACUGUUAGUCUUACGAUGUUUCUCUUUGCACAUGUACAGUAUUAUGUGAAUCACUAAUAUAGAUUUUUUUUAUGUAUAGGUAAACAUUUAUAUAAGUAUACUUAGUCAAAAUCUGCAGGUUAGUUUUUUACUUCAUUGUUGUAUGUCUGUAUUUAUGUAGCACCACUGUAUGUCCACACUUGUAGAGGAAUGACAAUAAAGCUCAACUUGAACUUGAA